UGUCGGCGGCAGCUGGUGGUGAAGGGGGCGACGGAAGGUGACAACCGCGUCCACGAGCCGGGGACGCCGAUGAGGCUGCGCAUCGAGGGCGACCACAAGUCCCACGUGGGGCUGGUGGCCGUGGACAAGGGCGUCUUCGUCCUCAGCAAGAAGAACAGGCUCACCCAGAGCAGGGUUUGGGACACGGUGGAGAGAGGUGACAUCGGCUGCACGCCGGGCAGUGGCAGGGACAACGUCGGGGUCUUCGCGGACGCCGGCCUGAGCCUGGCCACCAACGUCCAGGUGUCCACCCCGCAGCGGUCAGAGGUCCUGUGUCCCCAGCCUGCCAAACGCAAGCGCCGCUCGCUGGCACUCGCCGAGUACAAGGGCACCAAGGCGGCCGAGUACUCGGACAAGCUGGAGCGGAAGUGCUGCGAGGACGGGAUGAAGGACAACCCGAUGGGACACAGCUGCCAGAAGAGGACCGAGUACAUCCAGGAGGGCGAGUCCUGCGUCCGCGCCUUCCUCGACUGCUGCACGUACAUCAAGGCCAAGCGGGACCAGCAGAACAUGUCGCCCAGCACCGGGCUGGCCAGAAGCCAGGAGGAGGACGAUCUCUUCUCGCCGGACUCGGACAUCGUCUCCAGGAGCCUCUUCCCCGAGAGCUGGAUGUGGCAGGUGGAGCAGCUGACGGAGCCACCCAACGAGCUGGGGGUGUCGGCCAAGACGCUGCCCGUGUACCUGAAGGACUCCAUCACCACCUGGGAGGUCCUGGCCGUCAGCCUCUCGCCCUCCAAAGGGCUGUGCGUGGCCGACCCCUACGAGAUCACGGUGAUGAAGGACUUCUUCAUCGACCUGCGCCUGCCCUACUCGGUGGUGAGGAACGAGCAGGUGGAGAUCCGCGCCAUCCUCUACAACUACUGGCUGCGCGACAUCACGGUGCGCGUGGAGCUGGUCCACAACCCGGACCUGUGCAGCCCGUCCACGGCCAGGCAGCGCUACCAGCAGGUGCUGCGCAUGAAGGCCGAGUCCUCGCGCACCGUGUCCUUCGUCAUCGUCCCCCUCAAGCUGGGGCUGCUGGACGUCGAGGUCAAGGCCGCCGUCCGCAACCAGUACGUGGGCGACGGCGUCAAGAAGAAGCUGCGAGUGGUGCCCGAGGGGAUGCGGCUGGAGAAGACGGUGAAGAUCGUCGAGCUGGACCCGCAGAACAAGGGAGUCAACGGGGUGCAGGAGGAGCGCGUGAAGGCGGCCGAUCUCUCGGACAUCGUCCCCGACACGGAGUCGGAGACCAAAGUCAGCAUCCAGGGCAACCCCGUGUCCAUCAUGGUGGAGAAGUCCAUCGACGGGGAGAAGCUGAAGCACCUGAUCGUGACGCCGUCGGGCUGCGGGGAGCAGAACAUGAUCGCCCUGACGCCCACCGUCAUCGCCGUCCACUACCUGGACAACACCCAGCAGUGGGAGAACUUCGGCGUCGACCGCCGGGCCGGGGCCAUCGAGCUGAUCAGGAAAGGUUACACCCAGCAGUUGGCCUUCCGCAAGCCCGACAGCUCCUACGCCGCCUUCACCAACCGCCCCUCCAGCACCUGGUUGACCGCCUACGUGGUCAAGGUGUUCGCCAUGGCCAGGAAGCUGACGGACAUCGAGCACGGCGAGAUCUGCGGCCCCGUCAAGUGGCUCAUCCUCAACAAGCAGAAGCCGGACGGCGUCUUCCAGGAGGACGCGCCCGUCAUCCACAAGGAGAUGGUGGGGGGAUACCAAGGCGCCGAGCCCGAGGUGUCCCUCACCGCCUUCGUCCUCAUCGCCCUGGAGGAGGCACGGGACGUCUGCAAGGACCACGUCAACAGCUUGGACGAGAGCAUCACCAAAGCCGCCGGCUUCCUGGCCCGGCGCUACGAGCAGCUGGCCCGGCCCUACACGGUGGCCCUGGCGUCCUACGCGCUGGCCCUGGCCGGGAAGCUCAAGAGCGAGAAGGUCCUCAUGAGGCGCUCCAAAGGUGGGGCCAGCUGGGAGGAGCACAACGCCCGCACCUACAACAUCGAGGGCACGUCCUACGCGCUGCUGGCCCUGGCGCAGAUGAAGAAGCUGGAGCUGGCCGGGCCGGUGGUCCGGUGGCUGGCCCAGCAGAACUACUACGGAGGGGGCUACGGCUCCACGCAGGCCACCAUCCUGGUGUUCCAAGCGCUGGCCCAGUACCAGCUGGACGCGCAGACGCAGCAGCAGCUGGAGCUGGACGUGUCGGUGCUGCUGCCGCGCCGCGCCAGCCCCGUCAAGUACCGCAUCGAGAACCGCAACGCGCUGGUGGCACGCUCCACCGAG